AUGGAGGAGUCUGAAGGGGUGAUUUCUGGGCAGGCCCAUGGUGCCGCCUACGAUAUGGAUUUCUUCGAAGAUGACAGCUAUCUCGAUUUUCUAGGGGAUGAGUUUCACCAACCUAGUGAUACCGGGUACACACGUCACUACUUCUCGCCGAGCGAGUCCCUCGAGUUCCUGACCAGCCCUGUUGACUACCCCUUGCCCCCGUACGAGGAUGUGAUGCGGGCGGUAGCGCAGGGGACUCCCACACCGUACGCAACCCGCGGUCCCGACCAGCUGCGUUGCCAGCAGUGCAGUCAGGUGUUCCAGUGCCGCCAGGACCUGUCGGCGCACCUGUGCUCGGAGCACCCCGCGCCCUCUAGCGCUGGCGGCAGCGGCGGGCGUCACUACGAGUGCAGCUUCUGUGGAGCCACGUUCGCUCAGCGGGGCCAACUGAGCAAGCACCGUCUCAUCCACACGGGCGAGCGACCGUACGCCUGUCACAUCUGCCAGCGCCGAUUCACGCAGAAGACGCACAUGGUCGAGCACGUUCGCAUCCACACCGGGGAGCGACCGUACAGGUGCGAAGAGUGUCAGGCAGCUUUCACCCAGAAGACUCACCUGGUGGGCCACCGACGAACGCACACUGGAGAGCGGCCCUUCAAGUGUUCGGAAUGCGUCAAGGCCUUCUCGACCAGCAGCUCGCUGAGCAGGCACCGCUUCGUCGCCCAUGCACUACAAUCAACGGGCAGAGGAAGAAGAGAAGUGACCUUCCUCUGA